CAAUGUUCGUUUUGACGCUUGAAAAAGACAUAUUUGCCAUCUUAUCUAUAAAAUUUAAUAUAGAUAUUAACUUAAAAUAUAUUUACAUUUUUUCAUGAUAUAUUUAUAAAGUAUAUUUAAUAAAAUAUAUUUCUAUAUAACAAUUUUAAUUUUAAUAAAUGGAGUAUCAAAUUUAACUUAUUCAAUUUAGUUUAAAUAUCUAAUCGAAUUAUUUCAAAACAUUAUUACGUCACAGUUUGUGUAUCUUUUUUAUCACUAUGUCUUUUAUUGUUAUUCCUCCCUGGAACUUUGGACUUUAUUGAUACAAAUUAGUUUUCACGAUUUACUUAACAUAUUGUUAAAAGAAAUUGUUUAAAAAUUAUACUUGUCAAAUAUGUUCACCACUUGUUUUAGAACGUUUCGAACUGGGAACAAAUAUGGAUUAUUGGCACGUUAUGAAUCCACGUUAGUUAUUGCAGAACAUAAUAAUGAAUCUCUAGCCCCUAUCACUUGUAAUACAUUAAGUGCAGCAAAAAAAAUUGGUGGUGAUAUAACAGUCUUAGUUGCUGGUACCAAAUGUGAUGCAGUUGCACAAAGUGUCAGUAAAGCUAAUGGUGUAUCCAAAGUUUUGGUGGCAGAGAGCGACGCUUUUAAAGGAUUUCUUCCAGAAGCACUAACGCCUCUUAUCCUUGCUACUCAAAAUGAGCAUAAAUUUACCCAUAUUUUAACUGGUGCUACUGCAUUUGGUAAAGCACUAUUGCCAAGAGUUGCAGCUAAAUUAGAUGUGUCUCCAAUAAGUGAUAUUAUUGGUAUUAAAGCAGCAGAUACAUUCAUCCGUACAAUUUAUGCAGGAAAUGCAAUUCAAACUUUAAAGUGCAAAGACAAUAUAAAGAUAGUUUCAGUGAGAGGCACUGCAUUUGAAGCAAUACCUUUGGAUGGAGGCAGUGCCAAGUGUGAACCUGCACUAGCUGGUGACUACAAAUCACAAUUGGCAGAAUUCAUUAAACAGGAGUUAUCUAAAUCUGAUAGACCAGAAUUGACAUCUGCAAAAAUCGUUAUAUCUGGAGGAAGAGGAAUGAAGUCUGGCGAUAACUUCAAAUUAUUAUAUAGUUUGGCAGAUAAACUUAAUGCUGCAGUUGGCGCUUCCCGUGCUGCUGUUGAUGCUGGUUAUGUGCCUAAUGAUUUGCAAGUGGGGCAGACAGGAAAAAUUGUUGCUCCAAAUCUAUAUAUUGCUGUUGGUAUCUCUGGAGCAAUUCAGCAUCUAGCUGGUAUGAAAGAUUCAAAAACGAUUGUGGCAAUUAACAAAGAUCCAGAAGCACCAAUCUUCCAAGUAGCUGAUUAUGGCUUAGUUGCUGAUUUAUUCAAGGCUGUUCCUGAACUUACAGAAAAAUUGUAAAUUUUAACAAUAUUUUAUAAGGACAUUUUUUAUACACACACAUAUAUAUAUAUAUACAAAAUAUAUUUAUGCAAAACAUUUAUUAAAAAUAUAAUUUUUUUUAUAUAUAU